AUGGUUGUGAACCCGAAUCACGAAGCCGUUGCCAUGGAACGGACCCUCUCCGUGCAGAAAGAAGGAGACCCCGACAUGACCCAGGAAACAUCGACAGGGGAAGCCCUUGAUGUUGAGCUCGAUCCGGCUAUGGAGCAAAGGCUCCUGAUGAAGCUCGAUUUGGCCUUUGUACCUAUUAUCAUGCUUACCUACUUGUCAUGCUUUCUGGAUCGCUCUAAUAUCGGAAACGUCAAGGUUGCAAACAUGCCAGAAGAUAUUCAUGCUUCAGACAGCCAGUUCUCCACGGCUGUCUCCAUUUUCUACGUCACCUAUGUUCUCUUCGAAUCUCCAUGGGCAGUCUUGAUGAAGAAGCUCACCCCUCGGAACAUCCUUACCGGCUUGUGCAUUGUCUGGUCCUUGACGACGGUCUUCACGGGCUUCAUCGAGUCCGUGGGCUCUCUGUAUGCCACGCGAUUGAUUCUUGGCGCGUGCGAGGCUGGACUUUUCCCCUGUCUUAAUUUGUACUUGACCAUGGUCUAUCGUCGCGAGGAGCAAGCGAAGCGAGUGUCGUAUUUGCUGAGCUGUGCAGCCAUCUCUGGCGCGGUUGGUGGAUUGCUUGCGUAUGCCCUCCUUCAUAUGGAUGGCGUUGCUGGGAAGGCAGGUUGGAGGUGGGUGUACAUCAUUGAAGGUAUCUUCAGCGCCCUCUGCGCGAUCCUCAUCUGGUUUGGCCUGCCCAACAACCCCGCCGAGGCUUAUUUCCUGACCGAGGAGGAGAAAUGGAUGAUGCGUGUGCGUAAUGAGCAAUGUCGCAAGUACAUGGGAAGCGAGGAGUUCAGCUGGAAGGAGAUGCGGAUUGCAUUGAGCGACCCCAAGCUGUUCUUUUCAGGACUCAUCCAGUUCUGCCAGGAUAUUCUGCUGUAUGGAUUCAGCACCUUCUUACCAACUAUUCUUAAGGGCAUGGGCUAUAACUCUCUGAUGAGCAAUGUAUUGACCGUCCCAGUCUACAUUUGGGCGGCUUUGGUCUUUAUUGCCGUGGCCUUUUGCUCUGAUCGAUACUCUAAGUUUGCAUCGUUCAUCUUUGCAACCAACAUCUUUGGCAUCAUCGGAUACAUCUUGCUGUUAGUCGUAUCUAACAAGGCGGUGCAAUACUUUGCAACUUUCCUCAUUGGAAUCGCCACUUAUACCGGCGUUGGAUUGAAUGUGGCAUGGAUAAACGUGAAUGUCGCCCCUCAAUACCGACGAGCGCUCGAGAUUGGAUUACAGCAAACCAUGGGCAAUUGUGCCGGCAUUGUUGCUGGCCAAAUUUAUCGCAAAUCACCAUAUGUGCUGGGAAAUUCCUUCUCCCUGGGAGCUCUGGUGGUAGCUCAGGUGGCCGUGGCAGGAUUUGGGUACUAUCUGCGCCGUGAGAAUCAAGUCAAGGAGCAGAUUGAGAAUGGCGAGAAAGAAGAUACUCGACGGAUGCAGACCGGCGAUGGUGCGGUAGACUUUAAGUAUCUCUAUUGA